AUGACUUCCACGGGAUACGCUGCCAUGCUGUCACCCACGACCAAUAAGGGCCUGACGUUUACACCCGAACAGCGCCAGCAACUCGGUCUGCGCGGCUUGUUGCCAGCUGCUGUGUCCACGACCGCCCUCGAGAGCCAGCGCGCCAUGGCCGCUCUUCGUCGCAAGACGUCUCCAAUCGAGAAGUACCUGUUCAUGCAGAACCUGCAGAACACGAACGAGGACGUGUACUACCGUCUGCUCAUCGAGCACACAUACGAGCUCAUGCCGAUCGUGUAUACUCCGACCGUGGGUCAAGGCUGCCAGGAGUUUAGUCACAAUUACACCCAGAAACCACGCGGUCUCUUCAUCUCAGUCAACGACAUUGGCCACGUCGCUGAGCUCUUGGCCAAUUGGCCGCAGAAAGACGUUCGAGCCAUUUGCUUCACUGACGGUGAACGCAUUCUUGGACUAGGGGAUCAAGGGGCCAAUGGCAUGGGGAUUCCCAUUGGCAAACUCGCACUGUACACGGCGUGUGCGGGUGUCCCGCCUCACAUGUGUCUCCCAGUUGUGCUGGACUGCGGUACAAACAAUGAGGAGUACUUGGCAGAUCCCUUUUACAUUGGUCUGCGUCAGAAGCGCGUGCGUGGCGAGCUAUUUGAGCAACUGGUUGAGGAGUUUAUGGAUGCUGCCAAGGCAACCUAUGGAGCCAACGUGCUGUUGCAGUUCGAAGACUUUGGCAAUUCGACUGCGUUCAAUCUCCUGCGGAAGUACCAGAACACGCACUGUACGUUCAACGACGAUAUCCAGGGCACGGCUUCGGUCGUGCUUGCUGGCCUGCUGGCUGCUGUACCGCUUUCGGGCAAAUCCAUUUGUGAACAGACUUUUCUAUUCCUUGGUGCUGGUGAAGCUGGAACGGGUAUUGCCGAGCUCAUUGCUCAGGCUAUUGCCGAGGAGACGGGCAAGUCGGUGGAAGAAGCUCGCAAACAGAUCUGGCUCGUGGACUCGCGGGGUCUCAUUGUACAGUCUCGCAAAGAGUCGCUGCAGCACCACAAGCUUUUGUUUGCACACGAUGCCCCUGAGUGUCCGGACUUGCUUUCAGCUGUUGAAAAGAUCAAACCGACGGCCCUUAUUGGCGUGUGCACCAUCGCCAAGGCUUUUAGUAAAGAUGUGUGCCAGAAGAUGUGCGAAUACAACGAGCGUCCUAUCAUCUUUGCACUGAGCAAUCCGACAUGCAAGGCCGAGUGCACCGCCGAGGAGGCUUACACAUUUACGGACGGCAAGUGCAUCUUUGCCAGCGGCAGCCCAUUCGAUCCUGUCGAGUACAAUGGCAAACGCUAUGUGCCUGGCCAAGGCAACAACUCGUACGUGUUCCCUGGCAUCGGUCUCGGUAUUGUGGCAGCCGGGCUGACCCACGUCGACGACGAGGUCAUGAUCAUUGCUGCAAAGACGCUGGCUGGCUUGACCACUCCUGCUGACCUCGAGACGGGUUGUGUCUACCCGCCGCUGUCCAUGAUCCGCAAAGUCUCGCUGAAGAUUGCUGAAGCUGUCGCGGAGUAUGGCUACGAGAAGGGCUUUGCCACGAUUCCAAAGCCGGAAAACUUGACUCAGUUUCUGAGCGAUUUCAUGUACAACCCCUGA